GAACAGUGCGUCACAUGUUGUUUUUCUCCACAACCGGAUCAGUCAUACGGCACCUUCGCCCGUAUCUUUUUUGAUUUUGUUUAUUUAUUUUUUUGACUCCGAACACAGCGGACAAGUCUGCCAUGGAUUAAAUGCACGUCUGUCUGUUGUCGUUAUAUCUUUAAUUUCGCUUUUUGAAAUUGAGCUCAUUCUGGUGCUCCGUGGCAAGAAAGAUGGCAAGUCCUCCGGGGACGGCGGGACACCUGUUAUCUAGUGGCGUCAAUGGCGUAAAGAAGUGCGGCUACUUAAGGAAGCAGAAACACGGGCACCGACGUUUUUUCGUGCUGAGGGAACCCGCCGACCGCUCGCCUGCUCGGCUGGAGUACUAUGAGAGCGAGAAGAAAUGGCGAAACAAGGGCGCCGCUAAACGGGUGAUUAGUUUGGACUCCUGCCUCUGCGUCAACAAGCGGGCGGACGCCAAACAUAAACACCUGAUCGCCCUCUACACCAAGGACGAGUACUUCGCUGUGGCUGCGGACAGCGAGCAGGAUCAGGAGAGCUGGUAUGUUGUUCUGACCGACCUCCUCGCCGAGGGGAGGGUGUACGACAGUCCCGCUUCUACUUCCUCUCUCGUUGGUUUUGAAGAGGCCAACUAUGGACUCGUUAGCCCAGCAACAGCGACAUACAAGGAGGUAUGGCAAGUCAAUUUAAAAUCUAAAGGUCUUGGUCAGGUGAAGAACCUCACUGGUGUCUAUAGGCUUUGUUUGUCCAGCCGAACCAUCAGUUUUGUGAAGCUGAACUGCGAGACAGCGGCGGUAUGUUUACAGCUCAUGAACAUCAGGAGAUGUGGCCACUCAGAUAGUUUCUUCUUCAUUGAGGUUGGGCGGUCAGCAGUGACUGGGGCCGGGGAGUUCUGGAUGCAGGCAGAGGACUCGGUGGUGGCUCAGAACAUCCACGAGACCAUUCUGGAAGCUAUGAAGGCUAUGAAGGAGCUCUCAGAGUUCAGGCCUAGAAGCAAAAGCCAGUCAGCCAGCACCACCCCCAUCUCUGUGCCCACACGCCGCAACCUCAAUAAUUUGCCCCCAAGUCAGACGGGGCUCACGAGGAGAUCCAGGACAGCCAGCGCGGCAGCCACAUCUCCAGGGAGGAAGUUUACAUCCUGUCGGGUUAGAACCUCCAGCGAGGGUGACGGAAGUGUGCCGCGGCCCGUGUCUAUGUCAAUGCCCGCAAAUGAAAGACCCGCUAGUCCAAACGCCGGCACUCAACUCAGCAGGUCCCACACUCUGAGCAACGGUCGCACCUGCAGGAUACUCGAGUCAUCCUCCAAUUUGCACCACAGCCUGUCCAUGCCAGUAUCCAACUCCCCUCCAGCUUCAUCCAGCCCAAUCAGCAUGUCUCCUGGGCAUAAUCUCACCACACCCAACAAGGCCGGACAACCUUUUAGUUGUAGCGGCUUCCUUAGCGACACUGGUUUCAUGCUGUGUGAUGAUUACAGUUGCAGUCCACUUGAAACAAAGUUCCUUCCCCUGACUCGCAGCGACACCCCUGACUCACUCUCGAGCACCCCUUCAUCCCGUGACAUGAGCGACCCUUGUGGCUACAUGCUAAUGGUGGGUGCGAAUAGUAACAAGUCCAGGGCGGCCAGCGAAGGUGUGAUGAUUGAUAAAGCUUACAGGAAGCGAACUCACUCCCUUACAACGCCACGUCAACAGAAAGCGGUGUCACUUUCUUCAGCAUCAUUAGAUGAGUACACACUCAUCCAGGCUGGCAAUGGACACAACUCUCAUUCAGCCUCACCCAAAGUCUGCUACCCAGAAGAUUAUGGAGACAUAGAGGUUGGCUCAUCCAGAAGCUCUAGCAGUAACCUUGGUGACGAUGGCUACAUGCCCAUGACUCCAGGUGUGGCGCCACAAUGUGGUAAAGGGGACAACUAUAUGCCGAUGAGCCCCAUGUGUGUCUCUGCACCUAAGCAGAUUGUGAACCCUCGAGUCCACCCUCACGGGCCUACCAGUAGAAGCUAUAAGACCAGCUCCCCCUCCAGCAUCUCACUGGAGGACAGCGGCUACAUGAGAAUGUGGUGUGGCUCCAAGUCCUCCGUGGAGAGCCCGGACAGACACGGUGAAUACAUGAACAUGUCACCUGGAAACCCACCUGCAUUCCAGACCCCCCCAGAUUACUAUUUGGGUUUAAUGGCUGGAGAACCAACAUUGGUGAGGCCAACGUACCAGCCGAGCACCUCCUCCAAUUCUGCUGCAGCCCAACCAUCCAAAAAUGAUGAUGGCAACCAGUAUGUAUUGAUGAGUCCUCAAAGUUCAAGACCCAGGGCGGCAGAUAUGGACUACUAUUCCGUGAUGCAACCUGUAGCAGCUCAAAACUCGCCGCUGAGCCCUUCAACAGCUUCCUCAGCUAGACACAACCGAGCUCAGAACGUGACCCACCGAGGUAGGCUUGGCAGGCCUAACAGACUGUCCCUUGACACGCUCAAGACCCUGCCUAGCAUGCACGAGUACCCCCUUCCCGGAGAGCCCCGUAGCCCUGGAGAAUACAUUAACAUUGACUUUAGUGACACCCGAAUUUCUCCACCUUCAACAGAGUCCACUGAGAGCCAGUCCUCAUCUUUGAGCUCCAGUGAUGAGGGUUCCAGAAGGCCAUGUCUGACUUCCUACAUCAAACUUGAGAUGGCUUUGCAGCAGCCAAAGAGAGCUGAUACUCUUACUGCAGAACACAUGGACGCACUCCCAGACCUAUCCUUGUGUCCCAGCCCAAAUGAGGAAGUUGUGUACCAUUUAGAUGGCAAAAAAGAUACAAAAGAAGGAGUUGAGGGGGAUAAAGAUUAUACUGAAAUGAAAUUUGGAAUGACAAGCUCACCCCCGCAGCUUGUUCCUCAAAACACAAGCAUCCAGGGCAGCAGAGGGAGAAGGCAUUCACUGGAGGAGUUGGCUGUCCCAGAAGGAAUUGGAGUCUUUCUCCUAGGGGCUGCCUCUUCAUCAAUACUCGACCCACACUGCUCCGCCAAGGUGAUCCGCGCCAAUCCGCAAGGACGGAGACGCCACAGCUCUGAGACCUUUUCCUCCACGGCCACUGUGACACCAGUCUUCCCUUCGUUUGCCCGUGGUGAGAUUGUGAAAAGGCACAGCUCUGUGGAGAAUAUCUCCUCUCGGAGCAGUGAGGGCUCCGACGAGGAGUACGGCAGUCCCGUAAACGGGCAAGGCUCGGUCGCUUAUCCAAACAGACUGAACUACAUUGCUUUGAACCUGCUGGACAACAAAUGUGAUGAAAUUGUUGGCUUCAAACCGACUGGCAGCUGCAAACAGGGUGUCAAUGGAUUACACAGCACGUCAUAUGUCUGCUUGGGCUUCAAGGAGUCUGCAACAACUGCCAAAGAUUGAAGCAGUCAUUCGUCCCUGAGAUCUACAUGACUUCAUUUACCUCUACAAUCCAAGAGAUGGCAUGCAACCUCGAUGCUACACACACACAAAAAAUCAUUCGCACACAUGUACGUCUAUAUAGGCCAUCAUUUAUGCUGGUUGUGAAUUGGCGAAAGGUGAGAAAGUGUAUGUAAUUUUGAGCAUGGUAACGGAGCAGCAAUUCAGUCAGUGAACACUGUUACCAUGAAAGCUGGCCACCAGUACCAUGAGAAGUGCACUGAGUAUAGAAGUAUGUUUGGUGAGUUUAUUUAUUUUUAUAGAGCGAAUGUCUAACAAGUCCCACCCAAUGCCUUAAAUGUCUAUAUUGUUCGCUAUUAUUUUCAAUGAAAUAAGAGAUAAAAUAUUCUAUUGCGGUAUAUCUGUCUGGACUUAUAUAUUGAUAUUCGUGUGAGAAAGUAGUCUUAUUUCAGAAAAGUACAUUUCAAGUAUUUUCUUAAUUUGCUAUUUAUUCUCACAAGAUUAUUUUUUUACCCAACCUUAAAAAUAUAUUUCUAAAAAGUUGUAUCUAAACUCCACAACACCUUUGACCUUUUCCUUCGGUCACGUGGUACUGCAGCCUCAUGUUGACUCCACGCAUUCAUGCCCUGUCUUGCUGUAAUGCCAUUGAACGGUACGAGAGGGAAUCACACAGUGGCUAGGGAUAUUCUAUGCUAAAGAGUAAAACAUCUGGCACCACCAUGGAUGCUGUCAGGGGAGUCUGCUGUCUGGAAAGGAAACGGAAGUAAAGCUGUGGUUCUUUAAACAGUGGGUCCCUAAAGGGAUACACUUUUAUUAUUAUUAUUAUUUUUUUUUAACAUAUCGUUUAUAACAAAAAGCAAAAGUAUACCAACCUUUUGGGAAAUGCCAGUAAAAGAAAUAUUAAUAGUAAACCUGCCAAUUAACAACUGAUUUUGCUGCAAGGACAUGUCACGUAAAUUUUUACAUCCCAGCAUGAGCGAGUUAUUAAAGGAAUAAAUUCGAAUUUUCUUGGUGGAAGAAGGCAUAUAUAUUUUUUUUUUCAUUGACAUCGGAAAAAUACAUCAUUGUACUAGUAAGGAUUACAAUUUUAAAAAUAUAUUUUCUUCAAAUAAAAGAAAAAGAAACAUUCAACAUUUCAGCUUAGCAUUAUGAACGAGUCCUCAGGGAAGAAUUCUCUCAUGUGACCAAAACAUUUGAGAACCACUGGUCUUUAGAACUAAAGCGACAUUUUACAAUUGUACCUCAAAGAGCUUUAGGAUAAUAGGGAUGCUGCCACCAUCUCUGCUCAGUACCAUUCUGUACAGUCUAUGCACACCAUUCAUCUUUGCAUUAGUACCACCCUUUACAUAACUAAUCACUACAUCUCACUUGUUUGCACUGCUCGGACACACUGUAUAUUAAAAUAUUACAAUACAUCUUUUUUCUGUUAAUGUUUAUAAGCUGCUUUGAGAUUUUAGUCGUUCUAUCAUAUGAUUGAUGCAGCGCUUGCAAUUUGUGUCCCUCCCCUCAGUCUUAAAAUGGUAAAUAUGAGAUGUCAGUCCUCCAUGGUGUCGUACGAGUGUGCCGAAUCCACCUCCACACUUUCAGGGUACUCUAGAACUUGAAAACAUUAGAAUCAGGUCCAAAAAUAUCACUUAGCUGGUGACAGUUUUAACAAGAGUUUUAUGACAUUAGAGCUAUAUACCAUGAUGGUACUGGUAUUUAUAUGUAUUAACUACCUGGAUGUGAAUAUGCUGUAAAUAGACAGAGUUUAAAUGAAAACUGUUCUACUGAGAGUACAAAGAAUUUAUUAUAGAUUGCCUGUGUCGCAUAUAUACUAUGCGGUAUUUCUGUGAAAAUAUUCCACCUACCCUUGUUUCUAUUACUAUUAUUUCUUUCUGGUUUUAGCAGUACAUUGUAUGCUUUCUCCUUCACUGUCUAAAAGCAAAAUAUUUUAUUAAAAAUCUAUUGCCUUGUUGAACUUCACCUAAUGCUAUAAUAUGCAAAAAUGACAUGAAUAUGAUAGUUUCGAACAGCGAAACCAAAUGUAAGAAGAGUUUUGUUUUGGUUUUGCUGCUGUUCCCUUGUCAAAUUUUUCUUCCCGCUGAGUGUUUUGUCUUUGGUGUCUUCCAUUGUACUUACAACACUAUGCUCUCUAUUGUGACACUCACAAGAAAUUAGUAUAAUCAUUUAUGGAUUCUGGUGGUCAAUUAUUAUUGCUUUGAUCUGUAUAGAUUGUGCAUAGUGACCAAAAUAAAUAUAUACAUUUAUUUAAAGCGGUAAAACUGCUUUCCUUGUUUUUUUUUUUGUUUUUUGUUUUUUCUUUGUAAUGAGGCCUAUGUGUGAGGAAUUAUAAGCAUAGCCCUUUAUAGGGCACUCAGACGGCGUUAGAUGCCCAAUCCUGACUGGGAGAGUCUGGCAGGGAUCAAUUGCUGUCAGUCAAAAUGGAUUGGAAAUCUAGUGCUGUCAAUGGCACUGGAAGAUGAACAUUCACAGCCAGUUCUCUAAAUGAAAUGGAUGUCUGUCGUUGUCAGUGGCAGGCAAUGAGUUAAAUACUAUGAAAUAAUAAUUUUAAAAAAACAAAAACAUUUGUGUUACCCUGAGACAUAGUGUAAU